CAGAUCUACCAGUGGGGUGGUGGAAAGAUAACUCCUCAGAAACUGGAGAUUUUCACAAGAGAAAAGAGCCCAAUGCAGGUAAAUAACACCUCCUGUUCUGGGGAAUUUUAAACUGUUAAUUUUAAUAUAUUGGAAAAACAAAAACACACAGUGAAUUAUGCAGUGCACAUGAAAAUCUAGCUUAAUUUUUUUUUUGUCCCUUUCAUGUCUGUAGGACAAUGAUUCUGAAUAUAUACAUAUUAAGCUAACAUAUUCAGCUGUCUUGCAUGAAGGCAAUGAAUUUGCUUAAAGGCAUUUCCAAAGUCCCCCAGAUCACAGAACCAUGACCAUAUCCCUACUGAAUUUCGUUCCAUCUUAUUAGGCAGAAAGAUGAUGGCUGCAAGCAUUCUGCUGAGCCCUCUUGACAACAGGAAAUAACAAUAAAGCCAAACUAUCAUUUGGCAAUCACAAAUGUAUACCACAGAAAAUAUAAAUGCAUUAUAAAAUAUAAUAUUUUAUGUCAAAUUUAUUUGUAGGAGAAGUUAUAUUUGGGUGUGCAGUUAGCUGUUUAAACCUACUUAUUUAUUUUUGUUUAUUUUAAUUAACCUACAUUAUAUGAGAAAUAUACUUUCAAAAUUUUUAAAACACCCAAAGGAUAUAUUUGCUUAAAAUACAUUGAGUGUUAUUCAAAUAGUAUGAAAAGCUUCCUAUCUUUGCCUUACUGACCACCUCAGGAGAGGUCAACUUAACUAUCUGGCAAAUCAUUAGCAUAAAAAAAAGACCCCUCCCCCUACUGUUAAAGACUGCAAAGCACACACAUAAUAUAAUUUGAUCAGUUUCAUAAUGCUUGGAGAAUAGACUCAAAAAUCAAUCUUUGGAAUUAUUUUAUUCUAGAUAAAGUUCAUUAAAUUACUUUGCUUAUAUCAUGGGAAUGAACACUUGGUGGCACAGAUCAAAGGCAUGGAUUUCUUAUGUUCUCUUGUAACUGUCUAGUGUAAAAGUUGAACUUGUUAUGAUAUUUUAAAAAAAUGUAAUCUUAAUAAAAGAAAAAAAAAGACAUUCACAAAAAGCUGGUUGUGUGAGAUAGGAUUUUUUCUAAGAAAAUGCUUGGACUAUUCAUUUUACAGGUUGCAACUGGUCACAGUCACUUUGCUGCAAUUACAUUUGAAAAAGAGCUUUAUACAUGGGCGGUAAGUUAUUCGACUCAUUACUAGAGAUUGAAAGGCUGUAAUGAACCAUACAUUUUUAAAAAAUAAAUUAGCGAGGCAUUUAAGACCUAUAUUUCAGAUGUCUUUUCAUUAAUAUUUUUCAGUGAGAACUCUACAUAAAAAAUUUAAGUAUUAUUAUCUAAAUCAUGCAGCUUUAAAUUGGGAGGACUGCAUCCAGGUGGAAGUGAUAAAAAUAUAAAAUAAAGGAUUAUUGUGUUGUAUGAUUUUCAGAAUUUCACAACUUCAAAAUAAAAUUAAAACAUAGACUGAAUGGGAUUCGAAACUGUGAGAUAAUUUAUUUCAGAAUCCUCAGGGUGGAGUCAACAUGGUAGGACAACUAGGACAUGGGGAUACUGCAGCUUAUAAAGCUCCACGCCGGGUGGAUUCCUUGCUUGGUGUAUCAAUACAACAAGUUGCUUGCGGGGAAGAUUUCACUCUGUGUGUGUCAGGUAGAUGUGGGAUUUAAAAUGAGCUGUUACACCUCAAUGGUUCCAAAGCCUUGCAGCUGUAUUUUUAAAAUCAUUUUCUGUUUUGUUCAUUGAAAAAAAAUUAAUGCUUGUUGGGGUUAUCUUUAAAAUAUCAAUUAAUAAGUUGAGGAUAUUGCAAUAAUUUUUUGUAACAGCUCAAAUAAAAAUAAAAAUUCAGUCAUUGCAGUUUUCUUUAAACUUGGUGGUGUUGUAAAUAUAAGAUAUGAAAUAAACAAUUUUCUCCUUUGCAAAUUUUAAAACAUAUUUGUAAUGAUUAUUUUUUUUGUCCAGACAAUGGUGCCCUCUAUGCUUUUGGUUCAGAUUACUAUGGAUGCCUUGGUUCAGAAGGGGAUGAGGAGGAGGUGCUCUCCCCUGUCUUAGUUGACUAUUUCACUGAUCACCCUGUGCAAGAAGUGGCCUGUGGUGACGCACACGUUGUGGCUCUUACCAGAUAUGGAGAUAUCUACACAUGGGGGUCAGGGGAGUACGGUAAGUGAAUUGAUUGAUGGAAGUUUCAGGGUGGUGUGCUAGGAGUAAGGAUGUUAUACAUGUAAUGCAAUAAUGAAUAAUUUUAACACUCAAGUAUGUCUGCACAAGAGUGAGUUUACAGGAAUUACAUUUUUGUUUUUUGGAAUUUGGAUUUAAGGAAUUAGGUAGUGACAUUUUAUCUUUUUGAGGAAUUGUGUAAAAUUAUUUGCUGAUUAUGUAAGGGAGAAGAAGUAAAUAUUAAUAUUCAUAGUUAUUAUAGAAAUUAUGAAGAAUAUUAAUGUGCAAAAUAUAUAAGGUGACAUUUUAAUUUUAACGUUUAUUUCAUAUAAUUGUUUUUUGAAUCCUGUUAAUCUAUCUGAUAUGGUUAUAAUCAAGGAGAGUAGAGUUAAUUUUGAUCUGUUUAUUUGCUGUGUUUAAUGAUUUUAAUUUAUCCCUUAAUUAACAAAGAAUGCAUUAUAUUUAAAGUUCAAAUAAUUAAAUGGAUGCUUUCAAUAUUCAUAUUUUUGAUUUAAAAGGAAAGCUGGGCUUAGGGUCUGAGGAUGAUUACAAUACGCCACAAAAGGUUUGCUGAUUUUUUAACGUGUUCUAAAUUUUACUUUUAACUGGAUACGGUUGGUUGAUGCCAUUAGUUCUUUUGAUGUGAUAAUAUAGGCCUUUACAACAAAUUGAAUAUGUUUAAGUGGAUUUAAGACAGAAACUUAGUUUUUGCAUAAUGGAAACUAUCUGUUUUUACUGGGGUUUUUAAUCAGCAGUUAAAAAAAACAACAGAUUUGAAAGCGUACUUAUGGUUUACAUUAUAUAAUAUUUUAUUAGUUUUUUUUACAGGUAUCUGGAACAAAUAUUACUUCUAAGAGUAGGGGGAAGGAGGGCAUAAACAAAUUGUAUUUCUUCUUCCUCUUUGCCAUUUAAACUCCCAGUGAAGCUUAGUCAAUUAAAAAUUUCUCUCCAUACCUUCCAGUCUCUAGCUAUCUUAUUUAACUCUUUUCCAUCUUUAUUACAUCCUUGUUGACCUCUAUUGGCCAGGUGUUGUCUUGUUUAAAAUUAUAAAAUACUUCAACUAAUUCUAUGGUCAUCAUGAAGAAAUUAUCUGUAACUUAAAAUUUAAAAAAAUGUAAACUUCACAAUUGUUAUAUGUUAAUUUGCUUUUUAAAAACAUUCAAAAGUUCCAUGUUAAAUAUAUUUCAACUUUUAACAAAUUUAAAUAUAUGUAUAUAUGUUAUAGAUUUCAUUGAAAAAAAAAUCGCUUAGAUCCAUCUUUGUCUAUUUCUCACUGAUCUAGGUUGACAUCCCUGGUAAGCAGGAAGUUAAACAUGUGGGUGCUGGUGGGGACAGCUCAUUCCUCAUUUGUUCCAGUGGGAGACUCCUGGCAUGUGGGAGCAACCAGUUUAACAAGCUUGGAUUCAACUCAGAGACUUCUGGUCUUAGGAAGAGGAAAAAAAAAGUAAGUAGAAAUAUUUCAGUGGAAUGGGUAAUCAUGAAAAUUAAAGAAUUAAUUUUUUUGUUCUACAUCUUAAAAUUCUGAUCAUUUUUUGCAUAGAAAACCUAGAUAUUCUCUAUUUCUUCUUUCAUUGUCUAGGCAUCAUUGUAAGUAAGUGCAAUAAUGUUUUAGGGCUGCUUUUAUUGAGAUAUAUCUCACAAAAAAAUUAAUUGAUGCAGUUUAUUUCAUUUAGAAUUGCCCAACUAACAAAAAAAAAAUGGUUGAUUUUCUAUACUGAACAGUUGUAUUUAUCUCUAUUAUUUAUUUAAAUAGGCCCAACCAUCCCAGAGUUCAUUAAAGCACUUUUAAUUCUAAUCUACAGACUUUUGAUGUCCCAUGUAAAAACACUUUUAGCACAGUUAAACCUCUGAAUAGGUUAACCAUUACACAGGUGGCUGCUGGAAAAACACAUUCAGGCGUUAUUGACAGUAAGUAAUCUUCUUUCUUCUGUGUUUACUUGAAGUGACUUUAUGUGCAGUGCUGGCCUCUGACUCAUCUACUUAUCUAUUUAUUUUUUAAUCUGAAAGUGUCAAAAAAUGAUUACUUACAAUUCCAUGUAAAAAUAGUUAGAUAAAUGAGAUCACCAGUUAUUUCUUUUUAUUCCACACAAAUGAAAGUCUGUGAAACUCAUCAACUGUAAUUUUUUAAACAAAAUUAAUGACCUUGAUUGCAAGUAAGGCUGAAAACAUGAAUUUUAAUCUUCAGCCAAAAAAGUCUUGUAUUUGAAAAAAAAAUACAUUUAAUAAAAUGAAGCAUUAUAGUGAAGGUAGAUAGGCCUAAAUGAAAUAACAUCAGGGUCCAAAAAAAAUAAUUAAAUUUUAAAAUAAAUUUUAAAAUAUUACGUUGAAAGAGAAAUAAAGUUUUCAUCUAUUGUAGAAAGGCUCAUUCAAAGUCUAAAAUCUCCAGGUUUCGGAUAUCUCCACAUGUUUGGUUCUAACAAGUAUGGGCAACUUGGAAUGGGUGAUUUCAAAGUAAGACCAGGAAUCUGUAGAGUAGGUGGAGUGCUGACAGGACAGAAGGUUGAGCAGCUGGCAUGUGGGGAUGGAUUUACAGUAGCAGCCACAAACGGUUAGUACCUAUGAGGGAAGUAAUUUUAAAAAAUUUAUAACCCCAAAUCACUGCUAUGACUUAUUAUGAAAAUUAGCUUAACCCAUUUAUUGAGUUAUAAUUAUUUAAAAAUAUAAAUGACAUAUCAAUUUUUUUCUAAAAAUAAGCCUUUAAAAAUACAACAUAUAACAUAUUUAAACUUAUAGCAUUGUUAACAUAAAUUGAUACACCAUAAAAAAUGUUGAUGAUGGCAAUGAAAAUACCUGUAUUCUGUGGAAGGAGGUCAUAUAAAUGUUUAUAUCUGAAAUGCAAGUUUUUAUGAUUUCAAACUAAUGUUUGGCCAACACUUCAGAAUAUCAACAACAUUUAAAGGAAGAGAUCAGACUGAAUCUCCUCUAAUUUCUUUGUUUGUUGCGUUGGAGUUAUAAUUAAAUUUUUAAAACUUUGACUAUAUUUUAAAAUGCAUGUUCUAUUACGUUAGCUUUAUUUAAUGUGUCACAAAUGUAUAAACUAUAAACAGUUUUAAUACUUAUUUACUUGUUUUUAAUGUUUUAUAAUUGUUAUGCUAUCCAGGUAGCAUAGGUAAAAUAAGGAUUUUGUCAUGAUAGCCAUUUAAUGUUGCACUUUGCCACACUCAACUGGCAUAUUACUACCAUAUUUGCAUUCAUCAUUUAUGAGUAAUUUGAAAACAUUUCUUAAUUUUAUUUGCCAGAGAAUCAGAUCUACUCCUGGGGGAAUGGAGAAAGUGGGCGCCUGGGAGGUAUGUUUACUGACCAAGGAAUAGGGCCUAACGGCAUGUGCACUGCCCUUCCCAGACCAAUAUUUGGGUCCAUGCAUGUGGUGUCAUGCUUGUCCUGUAGACACUGGAACACUUUAAUCAUUGCAGGUAUAAUCAGAAAUAAAAACAAAUGCAAUUUUUGUCUGUUUUGCUCUAUAUGUAACCUCAAUUAACCUUGUUGCACACCAGAUACAUGUAUUUUAAAGUUAAAAAAACAUCUGAGGUUGGAAGCAGAGCCAUUGCGUGGGCCAUGCAACCCCUGUGACUGCAGGGGGCCUCAGAUACUUUCAGGGUCAUAGUUGCCAAAUGGGAAAAAAAUGAAACUAUAAACUUUGAAUGCAGGGGGCAAAAAUCUGAAAAUAGCAAGGGGCCUCCAUUUUGAUUGGAAGGGAUUUGAUAUUGAAAUAAGCAACAAUAUUUUCUAAUGUUUAGAAAAUACUGUAUCUAAUUAAAAAAACUGUUCACACUUAUUGAAGACGAUUUACUUCUUUGAGUUUUAAGCUACUUAAAACUGCCCAGGGACCUCUUCAUUUAAAAUCACUCAUUGUAAUUUUACGCAGGGAGAUGAGAAAAGGUUAAUAUUUUUUUAAUUGUUUUGCUUCUAUUAUAUAUGUUUUAAUUAAUUUUAUUUCUCCAUCCUGCUGUAUAAAAUUAGAAAAAGUCCUCAACCAAAAAACAUUGAAGUCAAGAGUAUCAUCACCAAAACGUAAGCAAAUUUUAACUUUGAAAAACUGCUGA